AUGGUGAUCCGUAAUCUGACCGCCGUCUGGAUUCUAAGCCAAACAGCAUCGUACGACUUCGAUGAUACAUUGGCUGGUGGUCUGGUAUCUAUUGAAUGCAUCACUGGAUUCCUAUUGCUCAGCGCUGUUAUCUAUGGAUGUCAAACCCUUCCACCACUGAAAAGCCCAUUCGGAUUGCUCAUGCUUAAUCAGAACGUCACCCAACUGUUGGCAUGCAUUGACAGUGGCGCGUUUUUCUUCUUUGGAGUUUUGUUGAACAGCAAGAUUGUGAUGAAAAAUAGCCAUGUGUUUGGAUUUGUGAGUGUUAUGUUGCUUCCGGUGAUCCUUGGAAGCUUUUUCCUGAUGUCUGUGAACAGAUUGUGUGCUUCUACGAUGAUUUUUGCCUACAAGAGAAUUUUCACAAAACACAAAAUCAUUACAUUCAUUGUCUCCAUUUGGUGCUUUUCACUGGUUUUCUGUGCCUCGAUUUUCGGUGCAAGAGAUUGUAAAUUCGAAUUCUACACCUACGGAUGGUUUUUUGCCCAAUACACUGAGAAAUGCAAUGAUUUGGUCGUAACGUACAAUUUUGGGGUCCAGGUCACUUUGACGAGCUUGAUUAUGGUCUCCGACGUCGUCACUUUGUUUGUGUUGGUUUGUUUGAGAGUUAGCGUAUACAACAAACAAAGCGCAGCAGUUCGUCGUCGGGAGAUGAGUUUUGCCGGACAGGUCUUAAUCCAAGGAAUUGUGUUUGUUGCUCACGGAUUUUGGUACGAUAUGGGUUAUGCAAUUCUUCCGGGAAAUGAUGAUAGAUGGAAGUAUUUUUUCACAACGUCUUUCUCUUCAAACUUGCUUCAUGUUUUUGAUCCG